AUAGUGUUAUAGAGCGCGCUUUUGAAGGUUGUAACUUUUUUUCACGUGGUAUUAUUUUAUUUUCCUAUUAGUUUUUCUCUUUAAUUUAACACUUAAUAGCGAUAAAUAAUUCGUCACUGAUAGGGUUCUAUCAACUUGACACCUUAUUUAGGAACUCAACGUCAUAAAUUAAUCUUGCUAAUUUUCACGCUAUCUCUAUCACCAAUUAACGUUAAUAUAUUCACUCUUAACUAAUACUGGGUCUGAUCCUAACAUAAAACUUUACACGUUCACUAAGUUAAAUUACAACUAUCGCCGUCCACCUAAUUAAACUUUGUAUUUACAUCACUUCCGAUAAUGUCCAGGCCAUCUAAAAAACAUAUAAUCUCUCCUGAUGCCUAUAGCACCUGCAAAAGAUCUAAAUCAGUCACUAAAGCGAGUAAUGUGAAACCUUAUAAACACACUGAUUAGUCUGCAUCCUACUCUGAUCUUCCCUCACCCACACUAAACGUGCACCGUUUACUUGGACAAGACAUAUCACUACCUUGCAUCUCGCUUGUCGAUAUAAAUAAGAGCAGUCACAAACCGUUAGAGUCGACAUCAUUUGUCAGUCCAAACAAAAGCACCACAUGUUGUGAGCAGUAUUUAGACAGUGCUGUUGACCCCAAACACCCAGCAAUCUCACAAUCGGUCAUCCUGAAUAGCGGCCCACGGAGUACAUGUAAGCCUGCCUACAAUAGCCAGCCCGAUGAUGUAGAUCUUGACUACUCACCCAGACAUAUACCCCAGACACAUCCCCCAACCAAGUGUGCACAAAGUGACCAUCCGCUAGACACAUGCAACAGGCCUGUAUGUAACCAUAUCGACCUUAAAAACCUUGAUAUAAACUCCAAUAACCUCACCCAAACUAUUCAAGACCUAUUACCGUACAAAUAUUUAAUCAGUGUUCCAGAAAAUCCCGAUCUGGAAAUUAUAAAAAACACUGAAAAAGUAAUUGACCAUAUAUCAAGUGAAGUGUUGAAAAGACUUCAGUGUAUGCAGAAUGUCAUUGUGUAUAAUAUACUUGAUAGUACGAACAUAAAAAUCGCUAAAAAUACUCUACUACAAGAAUGUGGAUUGUCGCAAUCUUGGUGUGUAACAAGAAGAUUACGUAAAGCACACACUAAAGCCUCCUGUCCCAUUCUAUUUCGGUUUGGUAGUACCACUGAGGCUAAUCACCUCCUCAAUAGUCAGUCAUUACUGAGGCGUAUUCCAACAUUUAAAAAGAUCAGGAUCAUUCAUGACAGGACCGCUAUCCAGCGUCGAAUCUGCAAUGGAACACAAACUGAUCAACCCAGCUUACGUAGCCGCGGCAGUUACAGCUCUUGUCACUGCACAAAUCCUAAAAUAUCAUACACUGCCCCCCAAAAAAAUGGAGGCACGUCGGACACUGCUAUUAGUCCUAAGGACAAGACCGCACAUAAAGCAGCUACAACCACUCACCCUCAGCCCAAACACUCAGCUACCCCGAAAUGCCAAACCACUUAUGCCUCAAUAGCGUCCAAGUAUUACCCUACCGGCCCCCAUAAAAUGCCUAAAAAUGAUCCUCCCAGGAAUUGCGCUAACAGCUACAGACUCUCAGACACCGCUGUACGAAAUAAUACCAAACUCCGUAAAAACCCACCAAUACUCCAGCACCCCUAACCCAAAACAUGCACCUUCUCAUAGCAAUAGAAUGCCCUACAACAAACAUAGUGAAGUGGCAACACCCACACGUGAUACCCAUAAGACAUAUGGUGUCAACCUUGUAAGCCCCAUGAACCAACACAAAACUAUACACAACAGAAACACCUCUCCUGGCAACAAUAACAAGCAUUCCUCCAUUCCUUACCAGAAACAUACAACCUCCCCAACUAACCACAAUAGGACUAAAAUUGCCCACCGCACACGAGGAAGCCAUAACGUUGGCCUACUUGGGAACCCACCUACUGAUUCUAGGUACUAUCUAAGUCAAGCCACCCAAUACAACGGUUUAGUCCCCCCUAAUUCGACAUACACACUAUCUCAUCCUUUUUUUAUCUCUCUCCCCCUCAACAUUACUGCUAUGGGGUCUCCAAAUGUUGAGGGCGACAAUCCCACUAUUCUGAAACCAUCUAUAUACUCCGAUUUAAUGGGGAGCGGCACAUCCUGCUCAACUUCGAUAACUGUCUCUAGUCUUAAAAACUCCUUGACUAAACCUCCUGAUUACUCUCCGAACACACUACCUAGCCAUUCAACUCUACCUUUCACUCUUAAACAUACUUCUUUCACCAAAACAACACCCGAAUACCCUUCUCGCAUUAACCCUACUGGUAAUAAACUAAACGCUCAUCAAUAUGGAGUCGACGCUCCCAAUUCUUCCUUUUCUCAUGGCAAAACAGACAAUCCACUGGGCUUACAUCAUACCCUUCUACUAGACAAACAGUCACCGUACCUGACACUUAUGUUAAUCAACGCUCGAUCUGUACAAAGUAAGAUGACUUACAUACGCACCCUAUUACUUCUAAACAACCCCUCACUUGUUUUGAUAACGGAAAGUUGGCUGUCCUCCGAUACCACAGACACAUAUCUACAAAUAGACACCUAUGAGCUCUUCCGCUGUGAUCGAGUCACCAAAAAGGGUGGUGGUUGUCUCGUUUAUGUAUCAAAAAAUUUGAGAGCGGAAAUCUAUAGCGACCACGUCCUCAGCAAACUUCCUGAAUCGAUAUGGCUUACUGUGCACACCCAUGAAUGUAAAGUACUAAUCGGAUGCAUAUAUCGAGCUCCUAACACUCCUAGUUUUACCGACACUAUUAUACGUGAGUCAUUUGCUCAGGCUGCCUCGCUUGAUUUCACUUACAAAAUUGUAUGUGGUGAUUUCAACCUUCGCACCAUCAACUGGACGACACAUUCUGGCCCAUUGUACAUUGAAACCAUACUUAGGUCCUUAGACAUACACGGCUGGCAACAACAUGUACACCUGCCUACACGAAAUCACAACAUUCUUGACUUGAUAUUCUGUCAUAAUGUCACACCAACAUCAAUGGUGGUUGGCGAAAAGUUUCACAACAGCGACCAUAAAAUAGUCCUCUGCACCCUUCCGAUUCUUGCCAUAUGCAACAAACUAAAGACAUUAAACACGCGAUUCCAAUAUAGAGACUAUGCAAACGCUGACUGGGAAAACUUUCGAUUUCUAAUAAAGCACUCUGAAUGGGGCAGUUUCUUUACCAGUAUUAACCUCUUAGAAACAUUAGAAAUAUUCAAUAUCACCACCAAAUCUGCACUAGACACUACUAUACCCUCUAAAAUUGGUUUUAAAACAGUUACUCCCUAUAUAAACCAAAAGACUAGGUCUAAACUGCGAAAACUGAAAAGGAUGUACUAUAUAUCAAAAGACUUCAGUGCCCUGCACCAGAUAUACUCCGUACUUGACGGAGUACAAAGUCAACACAACAAGCAUAAACAGGUAGAGGAACGUACUGCGCUCGCUGCUGCAUCUAAAGCCCAAGCCCUAUGUCGUCUCCUCACGAAACGCAUAAGAAAGAACACAGACCACAACAUUCACUCCUUACUGCACGAUGGAGUAACGUAUAAUGACCAAACCGUCAUAUGUGAACUAUUAAGUGAAUGGUUUUCUCACAAUGGGAAUACAUCUGAUGCUCCAGAUAUCGACAUAAAGUGCACCGGCAAAAACUAUCUUAGUACCAUAAACUUCGACAUUAGGAGUAUACAUACCGCCAUUAAAACCCUUAAGCCAAAUGCGAGUUCUGGUGCCGAUGACAUCCCUUCAAUCGUUUAUAAAAUGUCAGGGCCGGACAUACAGACGCUACUACUCAAAAUAUACACAUUAUCUUUAGAGACAGGUACAUAUCCGGAAACCUGGAAGGUAACGUAUGUUCUUCCCAAACACAAAUCCGGACCGAGAAACCUGGUUGAAAACUACAGACCUAUAAAUAUCACUCCAGUCAUAUCACGCAUAAUGGAAAAAGUGAUACAAAAUCAACUGUCUGAUCACCUACUCAAGGAAGAUCAAAUAGACCCGUCACAACACAGUUUCAUUAGAACAAGGUCGUGCAGUACAUGCCUGAUAGACUUCUUUAACGAGGUUACUCGUAUACGUGACCAGAAGAAACUAGUUAUUAUACUAUACUUCGAUAUUAAGAAAGCCUUUGAUAAAGUACCUCAUAAUCUUCUAAUCAACAGACUGAAGUCAGUUGGAAUUAUAAAUCCCCUUUUGCAAUGGAUCAAGUCUUUUCUUACGAACAGAUAUCAAAUAACCAAGAUUAACUCUAAUACAUCUACACCUCGACCAAUAACCAGUGGUGUUGUGCAGGGUAGUGUCUUGGGUCCAUUGCUCUUUAUAAUCUACAUCAACAAUAUAUGCAAGUGCUUUGGCACAGGUAAGACCUACCUCCAUACCGAUGACUUAAAAUUCAUCUAUAAAACUGACAUUUGCGAUUUACGCAGUACUAUGCAAACAAUCCAACAUGAACUCAACAUGGUAGAUGACUGGUGCAAACGCUGGAGGUUAGAGCUCAACAUAGAGAAAUGCGGCUGGUUAUGUAUAGGAGACACGUCUCUUAAAAUGAAACUAACACUUAGCAAUCACACACUGCCUAGACUGGCAUCAGUAAUUGACCUAGGGGUACAUUACUCACACAGUCUUAAUUUCUCUGAACACAUCUCAGCCAAAGCAUCCAAAAUGAGGAAAUUGCUUGGCUUCAUUCUCCGUAAUUUCUAUCAAAAUGAAUCUAAAAUCCUUCUUUACAAAGUUUGUGUAAGACCUAUCGUUGAAUACUGCUCGUUCUUAUUUUCCAACCUACGCCUAUGUGAUAUACUAAAGGUGGAAGGAAUACAACGAGACUUCACCCGCAAAGUACUUAAGACUGACUCGGUCAUUGACUACAGUUCUCGAUGCCAAAUCUUAGGAAUAGCACCCCUUUGGGAGAGAAGGCUUAGGUCUAAUUUGAUUCUCUACUUCAAACUACUCAAAAACCUUACUUAUUCAACAUGUAAGAUAAUUCUUGCCCGAGAUUCACAUGAAUACGGACUUCGAAACAAAGUAUCUACGGUCAAAGUUGAGAAAUACAGAUCAAAAACUCGGGAAAACUUCUUCCUCACCAAGUAUGCAAUAAUAUGGAACAGUCUUCCCUCCGAGACUCGCAUGGCAGAUGAACUACAUACGUUUGUGAAACUGCUUGAUCAAGCACUCACUCGCACUGAUCUUGCACGUACGAAUACAUCUGCGCCCCACUCAUACAUCAUAGGCUCUCUCCAUGUCUAAACCAAAAUGGACCUCAAGUUCAGUUUGCCUUAUUUUUCCUACUUUGCAGUUGUAUUAAUUACUUUUUCCACCCUAUUUCUUCACUUGAAGUAGACAGGUAACUCACUGGACCUAUCAUUACUGUUAAACUAAACUCGGUCGAUAAGGGACACUCACUACCACCCCAAAAAGUCAAGAGGACCGCACAAUCGGCUGCCUACUACCAGUGGUCUUGCAUCUAUGGAACCUGUUACCAAUCAACUGGUUGAGACAGCAAAAAAUAACAUCAGCACCAAGUUACUGUGAGUUACUUCCUGUUUAUCCUGUAUCAACAUUUUACUCUUCUGUACACUAUGUUGACUAGCAAUUAAUAUUAUUUCUCCACUCGUUCCCUUAUCCACAACUCAUACUUCUAUACUCUUUCCGCCUGCUUAAAUAAACAACUAUCCUACAAUAUACUCUUCCUAACACUUAUACUCUGAUUGGCAAACUAUACUUUAAACUAUAGUCAACAGAGGCACUGCAUCGAUGCUUUACCCGCAGUCCAUAGCUUGUAACUGCCUGAUAAGCUUGUAAAAUGGUACUUAUAGAAAUAGUGCUUUCCAACAGGUUGUGAAACAGAGGAUUGUGUGAGGUAUGACGUGUAUACAAAAAAUAAGCCUAAAUGAGCCUAACAUCACAAAAGGAGGGAGGGUGGAGUUACUGACCAGCAAGCAUUGAUGGUGAGGGCGAUAACUUCAAUCCACCCGUGUUUGUGGGGACAGAACAUUUUGUAUGUGCCAGGCUCUUUAUAAUUGAGAAUAAGACAGUCAAUCUGAGAUAUAGAUUGUCUUCCUGCGCUCACCACUCAGACUCAUGUUUCCAAUAUUAUGCUGGAUUAGCUAUUCUACUAAGACAACCUAUAACAUGCUAACUCGGACUUUUACACUAGGAUUGCGUGGCCGACAUCGGAUGGAC